UGCGGCCCAAUGCGAUUGUACCCGUUGACUUCACUAAAUCUGUGAGAAUCUCGGCAAGCUUUCUCGUCUUCACGUUCUCCAGUUUUCGUCGCCUCUCUGGUUCGCUCUCCAGCAGGUACUUCGCUUCUUCCCUCUCCGGUUCCAUCUUUCUACGGCGAUUUCCUGUUUUCGGUUUGUUUUUUAGCAAUUGGGAUCCCGUCCGGGUGCCGCAACUCAAACGUUACCCUUAUACCGAUUUCACUACCGAGAUCGUGAUUCUUCGAUUCUUCAUACAUGGAUUUGUGGGGAUCGGCCAUGUCGUUUCCUGAUUGAAGAUGCAAAUUUUGGGUUCUAAAAUUCUGGGCCUGUGUAUUCUUUUUGUUUUUUUUUUUUUUCUGAACAGUUAGUGCGGCGGAGCAUGGAACAAGAAUUGGUGACUCACAAUGGGGGAUGCCAUUGCGGCAAAGUGAGAUGGCGAGUACGAGCACCAAGCAGCGUUGUGGCUUGGAAGUGCAGCUGUUCCGACUGUUCAAUGAGAGGGAACGUCCACUUCAUUGUCCCUUCCCGGAGCUUCGAGCUGCUUGGGGAUUCAGAAAGCUACAUCACCACCUACACAUUCGGCACUCACACAGCCAAACACACCUUCUGCAAGAUCUGUGGGAUCACUUCCUUCUACACUCCCCGAUCGAAUCCAGAUGGUUUCGCGGUCACGUUCAGGUGCGUGGAUCCUGGAACUCUGACCCAUGUUGAGAUCAAGGAGUUUGACGGCAAGAAUUGGGAGGGCUCCUAUUCUCAAUCAGACAUUGCUUCAUGCUCAAAGGACGAGGCUUCUUGAUUUGGGAAUGGGCGAGAUAGAGAGAGAGACUAAGCGAAAGAGCAUGAACGAAAUGGAUUGACAUGCUUGAAAUGUUGAUUGUUCUCUUAACCAUAUUUCCUGUUUUUCUGGUUGCGAAUGCCAAGAACGCAAGAAGGACAAGUUGUUUUCCUCAUUUGUGUAUAAUGGAGUUACUUCUUUCAGAAUCAAAUUGGUUUAUAGGA